AAGACUCCGUGUGUUGUUGUCACGGAUGGGGACAAAGCGAUGCGCGCAGCCAUCGCGGAGGUGUUCCCGGCAGCAAGGCACCGGCUGUGUGGGUGGCACUUGGAGAAAAACUGUGUUCAACGGGUUAAGGAUACGGAGUUCCGAAAGGUUUUUAAGAAGGCUAUGUAUGCGAACUUCGAGGUGGAGGACUUCGAGGAAUAUUGGAAGACGGCGGUGGAGUCACUUGGCCUACAAAAUAAUAGUUGGGUUCAACAAACAUACGAGGUUAAAGAAAGUUGGGCAACAGCAUAUCUCCGGGGCACUUUCUGUGCGGGAUACCGAACAACCUCAAGGUGUGAGGGGAUUAAUGCAUACAUAAAGGGGUUCCUGAAAUCCACUGAUAGCAUUUUGGAGCUGGUGCACAGCUUAGAUCGCGUUGUAAAGGUUUAUCGAAACAACGAAGUCACGGCGCAGUUCUAUUCUACGUACUACAGCCCCGUGUUAACAACCGGGCUUGACUCUAUCGAGCUUUUUGCAUCGAAGCUGUACACUCGAGCAGUUUUUAGAGAGGUCAAGAAACAAAUCAGGGGUGUUGCAACCUUGCUGUUUCGUGGGAGAGACAGCAUCAGCACCACGGUUGUCUACAAGUUUUCAAGGAUGGGCGCGCCUGGUAGGAUUCACAAGGUUUUAUUCGACCCAGAUGACAAGAAAAUUCAGUGCGACUGUUCGAUGUGGAAUAGUGAGGGUAUUCCAUGUAGUCACAUAUUCUGCCUGAUGAAGUACGAGGGUUUGGAACAAAUACCGGACAGCCUUAUUGUGAGAAGAUGGUGCAAGGAUGCAAAGGAUUCCAGACGGAUGCCGGUGACAAUGAGACCUGGAGAUGAAGGUCGCAUGCUUAGGUAUGCCGCACUUUCUUCGGCCACAAGCUUGGUCGCAACACUUGGUUCGGAUGAGCGUGAAGACUUCGAAUUCGCUAAGGAGAGCAUCGCGAGUCUAAUAGAUAAGCUACGUCACAGAGUUUAUGAAAGGGCAGGUGGUCAGCCAGGUAUGUCGGGGUGGAAAGCGAUGAAGGACCCGGUUGUGGCAAGAACAAAAGGUGCCCCUAAGAGGAAGAAGGAGUUCGACCAAUGUAGUCAACCCGACGUGCGAGGGAAGAGGCGUUGCUGCACCAAAUGUGGCACACCCGGGCAUACCAAGAGGACAUGCAGCGGGUACUGUGCACGAGGGGUGUCCGGGAUUGGUAAUGGGGUCUCCCCCACGGAUGGCAACGGUUCGCAUGACGGCCCUGCAGCCGCUUCAGCGUCUCUUCCGACCGAGCUCGGUCAUGCGUAUGAGGAUCAAACCUCGGGUCACGGCGAAGCUGGUCUGAAUAACGUGUCUACCUCAGCGGCAAAUACAUCCUCCAUGGUGAGUCGGAGAGGUAGUCCAUGUUGGCGUCCUCCGUUUUCUGGCGGGGGAAGUGGGGGGAACUUCUUCCUUGGGGGCCAACACAUCCACCAAUUCUAUGCAUCCCAACCUUGCUCCGGGCACCAAAGCGAUCCGCCGCCGCACGCCGGGCACGGGAGUAUGUCAACUCCGAUGAGGGCUAUGAAUGAGGACUUGUUUGAACGGUGGCUGCUCCAGAAUGUGAUGGGUCGUCGCUCGUCGAGCAAUAUGCAGGGGGGAUUUCCCACGCGUGGAACUUGAUGUUAAGCUGGGGGAUAACACAUACCGAAUACUUUGUGUCUUGCAAAAAGUUAUUAUUUUCGGUAAGGUCUGUCUUGCUAAGUGGAAGCUGCAGAUUUCACUAGUGUGUGCUCUGUUUUUCUGAUUUAUUGUAACUACAUUUCUAGUGUCUUGCUGG